AUGGCUAAUCAGUGGGGACAAAAAGUAGAAGACUUGGAAAUAUCAAAUAAAGUAGCUGGAUUAGGUUUAAAUAAAAAGCCUCUGAAUGAGUCUGCAGAUUCUGAUGACUCCCCCGACACAGCAAAUCCAGCAGACACAUCUCUGUUGAUGAAAAUAAUAAGGCAAGGUCUAGUUGAGUCUAAAUUGGAUAUUGAAAUUCAAAGAAAAGAUCCCAACUCUCCACUGUAUUCUGUCAAAACCUUUGAAGCUUUACACUUGAAGCCCAAUUUACUGAAAGGAGUAUAUGCAAUGGGUUUUAAUGCUCCCUCAAAGAUUCAGGAAACUGCUUUGCCUACCCUUUUAGCUGACCCUCCACAAAACAUGAUUGCUCAAUCUCAGUCUGGUACUGGUAAAACCGCAGCUUUUGUGCUGGCUAUGCUAAGCAGAGUAGAUCCCACUAAAAAUUAUCCUCAAGUGUUGUGUUUGAGUCCAACUUAUGAACUAGCUAUACAGACUGGAGAAGUGGCUGCAAAAAUGGCUAAGUUCUGUCCUGAGAUCAAACUGAAGUAUGCUGUAAGAGGUGAAGAGGUGCCUCGAGGAACUAAAAUAACUGACCAUAUUAUUAUUGGAACACCUGGGAAAAUGCUUGAUUGGGGUGUGAAGUUUGGCAUGUUUGAUAUGACUAAAAUUCGAGUAUUUGUUCUGGAUGAAGCUGAUGUGAUGAUUGACAGACAAGGUCACCAAGACCAAUGCAUUCGUAUUCACAAAUGUUUGCCCUCAACUUGUCAGAUGAUGUUCUUUUCUGCAACCUAUGGUUCUGCUGUCAUGGAGUUUGCUGAAAUGAUUGUUCCCAAUGCUAUUAUCAUAAGACUGUUACGAGAAGAGGAGUCCUUGGAUAAUAUCAAGCAGUACUAUGUUAAAUGCAAGAAUGCAGAUGAAAAGUACAGAGCCAUUUGUAAUAUUUAUGGUGUGAUAACAAUUGGCCAAGCUAUUAUAUUCUGCCACACAAGGAAAACAGCCAGCUGGUUAUCUGUCAAAAUGUCUGAGGAUGGACAUUCUGUAGCUGUACUUUCAGGUGAAUUGACUGUUGAACAAAGAAUAGCUGUACUGGACCGUUUCAGAGCUGGUUUGGAAAAAGUAUUGAUCACCACAAAUGUAUUGUCUAGAGGAAUAGAUGUUGAACAAGUGACACUGGUUGUUAACUUUGAUAUGCCUAUGGACAUGGACAAGAAAGCUGAUUGUGAAACAUAUUUGCACAGAAUAGGUCGCACAGGACGUUUUGGUAAAGCUGGUAUUGCAAUUAAUUUAAUUGAUUCUGCACAAGCAAUGAAUAUUUGUAAGGAAAUAGAAGGUCAUUUUGGUAAAAAGAUACAGCUGUUGGAUAUUGAAGAUGCAGAAGAAAUUGAGAAAAUUGGUGCAUAA